AUGACUUCCAUCGUCUCUGCAAAGGCGUCAAGCAGCUAUACGAGCCACGAGAGCAGCGUCACAGCUUCUUGCACGGAUCGCGAUGUCUUCGAUCAGACGACUCGCCCGGCCAGCGCAAGCGCCGACGACUACAGAAUCCUCCGUCCGGGCGACUUCAGAAGGGUGAAAAGUCACCUCACGCUGCCUUCUAAAUCAACAUCACACCUCGGCCAUGGCUUUGACUCAGAACCAGCAGCUCUCGCGGUGCCUCCACCGUCAGUCUUCUCGAACGAAGUCAGUGACGAUGCAUCCCCGAACCCUCCCGACUUUGACCUCGUGAUCAAAGCCUCACCGCACAACCUGUCCGAGCGCCAAAGCGGAGAUCGCGCCACCUUUGGAUCGUGGGAUCAAGGUUCGGACGCCUCCGACGCUGGCAGAGGCCCUGUCGACCCAUCUGAACCUCACGACGAAAUUUUCCACACGGUAGACGUAUCUACUGCUCCCCACGCCGAAUCUCAAUGGGCCGCCCCAUCCGCAGUCGAGCUCGCUGUGCCGCCGUCUCCUCGCGUGCAAGAUGCGCAUCUUGACCAGCUCAAGCAGGAAGCUGACGAGGUCUGGGCCACCUACCGCUCUGGCACGGCGUCCCAGCACACUUCUCCGAUCAUGGGACGCAGCCGUGACAAGAUACUUGCCGCGCCGACGCAACCCGGUCAAAUUCCACAACGCAUCACAUCGCUGCGAAGGUCCUCAGCAGUCGUGCUGAGCGCUCUGCCUUCUUCCGACGCGUCAAGACCAAGGGGCUCGCUCGCAACGAGCAGCAGCCAGUCUCACAGCUCGUUGAUUAAUUCGCGUCAUGAUGUCCACACCUUCCCUCGCAUCACCUCCUCCGUAUCUCACGGAUCGUUCGGCUCAUGCAGAGGACCGCCAUCGUCUGACGUGCACUUCCGUCGUCCCCACACAGCUUCAGUUGCGUCAUCGACUUCGGGAAGCAGCUUCCUCAGCCACCAAAACAGUUUCGAGAGCGGCAUGAGCCCGCUCCUUUUCUUCCAAUCUGGCACUCCUGUUCGAGCACCGGGCGCAAACCCACGCCCCGUCACUUCGGGGAGCAUCCCGAACAUCAAUGUCGGCGCAUUCGGCUCAGCCCAUCCGCGUUUCACGCACUCUGCUGCCGGCUUGCUUCCUCAAACAAGCAAUCAACUAUCUGCAGAGCAACGGCGUCAACAAGUUCGAAGGACAAAGAAGCUUGCUCACAUGCUUGGCGAAGAGAUGCUGCUAGCCUGCAACUCUGCUCGUCCGCCAACGCAGCGCACCUCUGCGGGCUCCGGCUCGCGCAGCAAGAAUCGACCGCACAGCAUGCCUUACACUGCCGACCUGCCAAUGGCGGCACCAGCCAUUUCAGCCACCGGUAACAAGACUCGCACGCUUUCUCGCAGGCUGUUGCACGGCCGAAGCCACGGUGUCAGGAGCUUGGACCGCGCUCUGCCUGACGUGACAACGAUGCAGCAUCCUUCAUCGGCACCUGCGAGUCUCAAUCGCAAAGCAGCUGCCGUUCUCGGCAUCGCUCAUCCCUACUCGUCCGAAGCGCUCGCCCGGGCUUCUGCGCAAGAGAUGCUGGCAAGCGAUGAGGACUCUGACGUGACUGGGGACUUCGGACUGCGCACCUACAUCCCUUCCGGCCUGGAGGAGUUCAACGAACCCACACCCAAAGUGACACAGCUCGCCGCGUUCUCAGCUGCAGCCCUGGACGAAGCGGCUUCGCCCACACUGCCGCAGGACGGAUCUUUCCGACCUUUUGAUCGAUCGCAUCUCGAUCAGACUUUCGUCGUAUCUGAGAGCCGCAAGCUCGCUGCCGCGCGCGAUGAACGCCGUCGUCGCGUUGCGAAGAUGUCGCGCUGGCUCGGCGAGGCUGUGCCCGCUGAGCUCAUCGUGACCGACGCUGGUCACCAUCAGCCCGCAGUGAUCCGCAGUACCGAAGCUCCGAUGGCAUCGAAUGCGUCCUCCUGCACCAGCCACGAAUGUAGCGAGCUUGCCAGUCUCCGAGGGGGAUUGCCUCCUUCCUCUAUCUGCGGCAAUGAUUCCUCCAUCGGCCACGGCUCAAUGUCACACGAAAGAUCCAAAGCAUCUGCCUUACAGUCGUUCAUGUCGAUCGACAGCUCGGACGACGAAUCGGAGGACGAAGCCGCACCCGUUGUCAACCGCAAGGCCGCAGAUCUCCCAACUUCUCUUGCUGCGGGCCGUCGCCGAGUUGCAGCUCCGCCUACGAGUGAGGCAUCGGCAUUGCCGGACGGCAUCUCUGCAUACCGCAAUUCGAUCGAGAGUUGGGAAUACUUGCUCAACACCAACGAUCACGAGCGCCUCUCAGAAUUGGCCUCGAUCUUCCACAGCUCGCCCCACGCGACCAGCGAUCAAAGUACCAAGGCGGCGUCUCCCAUGGCUCGACCGCCUCGUUCGUCGGCUCGUCCUCGCGCCUCGUCCGCUGCCGUCGGUGCUACCGCGGCGAUGCCGCUCUCGCCCGCCCGAACCGUUCCAGCAUCGAGGUCGCUAUCUUCCAGCGUGGAAGAUGGUGCGCGUCCCUCCGCAGCCUUCCUCGAGCUCACUGAUUCCGAGAGCGACAGCAGCGAUGCCGAGGACGAGCUGCUCGACAUUGACGAUCUUUCGGCGUGCUACUCUGCCACGCUGCGACAAAAACGUCUCGGCUCUCACGAUCGUUCCAUCUCGAAACUGUCCAAUUUCUUCGGCUCGACGCCCUCGCAGAUCGUCCGCUCCCAGAGCGAUCUGCGUCCGUCCGCCAUCUCUGCAUCCGGCGGCGAUUCCGUCGACUCGCUCGCUGUUCAGCGAGCCAGAGGCUCUCGUCGAUUGACACCGACAUUGGGCACUGGAUCACAGCCAGACGCGUUGAAGUCCAUGCUGAGAUCGCUCGAAGAGGAAGCUCUGGACGAUUCCAAGUUGACCAACAUCCAAAAGUCGGAAAUCUCAAGAAAGGUGUAUCUGCUCAAGAAGAGGACGACAAAGAUGUUUGCUUAG